AUGUGUGGUAUCAUCGCUCUGAUCCUGGCCAACCCUUCCGGCGCCGCCGCGGUCGACCUCCAUGAGGCCCUGUACCUGCUUCAACAUCGUGGUCAGGAUGCUGCCGGUAUUGCGACCUGUGCGUCCGGGGGUCGAAUCUACCAGCUAAAGGCCAACGGUAUGGCCGCCAAGGUCUUCCAGGACGGUGCAAAGGUGGCCAACCUGCCAGGCUCCAUGGGUAUCGGGCACUUGCGGUACCCGACUGCCGGUAGCAGCGCCAAUGCGGAAGCGCAGCCGUUUUACGUGAACAGCCCGUACGGCAUCUGCUUGGCGCACAAUGGCAACCUUAUCAAUGCUCCGGAAUUAAAGAGGCACCUGGACCUGGAGGCGCACCGCCAUAUCAACACCGAUAGUGACAGCGAGCUUAUGCUGAACAUCUUUGCUGAUGAGCUGAGCGAGACAAAGAAGGCCCGUGUGAACCAAGAGGAUCUUUUUGCCUCUUUGAGCCGUAUGUAUGGGCGCUGUGAAGGUGGAUGGGCAUGCACUGCAAUGCUUGCUGGCUUUGGCAUCCUGGGUUUCCGGGACACCUACGGCAUCCGCCCCUUGGUUUUGGGCUCCCGCCCUUCGCUGGAUGGCAAUGGCACCGAUUAUAUGAUGGCUUCUGAGUCUGUUGCGCUGGAUCAGCUCGGUUUCUCGAACCAUCGUGAUAUCCAGCCCGUCGCACCCAAGAGGGAUUACGCGCCCGAUAUCUUUGAAUAUGUCUACUUUGCCCGUCCGGAUUCCGUCAUGGAUGGUAUUAGUGUGUACCGCAGUCGCCAGCGGAUGGGUGACAAGCUCGGCGCUCGCAUCCUCGAAGUGCUAGGCCCCGAGGUUGUGAAGGACAUUGACGUGGUCAUUCCCAUUCCGGAGACCGCGACUACGUCCGCCACCCACGUCGCUCAGUACCUGGACAAGCCGUACUGCCACGGCUUCGUGAAAAACCGCUAUGUCUUCCGCACCUUCAUCAUGCCGGAGCAGAAAACCCGGCAAAAGGGCGUGCGUCGCAAGCUGAAUGCCAUGAAGCAGGAAUUCAAAGACCGCAACGUGCUGCUCGUGGAUGACAGCAUCGUGCGCGGUACCACGAGUCGUGAGAUUGUUAGCAUGGCUCGCGAGGCCGGCGCGAAGAAGGUCUACCUAGCCAGCUGCGCUCCUGAGAUCACACACGCGCACAUUUAUGGUAUCGAUCUUGCCUCCCCUCAAGAGCUGGUCGCCCACAACCGUGACACUGAGAGCAUUGCGCGCCACAUUGGUGCCGAGAGUGUCAUCUUCCAGACCCUGGAGGACCUAAAGGAAUCUUGUGCCGAGAUCGCUCGCGAGAACGGCCAGUCCGAGCCGACGAACUUCGAGGUCGGUGUUUUCUGCGGUAGCUACGUAACCCCGGUCCGACAAGGCUACUUCGACCACCUGGAGCAAGUCCGCGGCGAAGGCCGCAAAGUUAAGGCUGUGGAUAAGGCCAAGGAGGCUGUCGCCCAUGGCGUCGCCAGCAUGACCGACUUCCAGAUCGCGGCUAACGGGGUCACCAUGGACACCAACGGCAAGAUCGUUCCCGCAGACAGAUCCUCCACUGAACCUCUUUCGAAGUCCGAGAACGAAUCUCACCCCAAGGUCGAUGAUCGCAUGGACAUCAGCAUUCACAACCUUGCCGAUCAUCAUGAUAAUUAG